AUGGGUCUUUUCGACGUCGGCUCUCUUCGAGUCAAGAAACUCUCUUACGCCAAGGAUGCCUCGAAUGACAGCGCUCCAGCUUCAUGGCGUCACGCACAAGACAAGUUGGCCCAGCAUGCUGGGCUCUAUUCGGACGUACGCCAUGGCGCUUCAACUCGCUCCCUCUCGGCCAACCAUGCUUCCCAACCCCUCUCACCAGACACUUUCCACGCCAAGCGUAGUGUAUCGAGCGCAAUACCCAGGGAGGCUGCCAGGCAAAGCAAGCUCGAACGUAUGAUGGGCGCCGGUAUUCCUCAGGUACAUGUCGUCAGCCAUCAGGAUCGUCGCCUGCCGUCAGGUCUCGUCGACCGCGCACAACCCUCCGUCGACUCGCCUCAUCACCGUAGUCAGCUGCCGCCAGCUGCGCCGCGCAAUCGAUUAUUGAGCAGGACUAAAUCCAUCUCUGAUUUCAGCGAGCCACCAUCAUCCUUCUCGCGCACGUUUUCCACCGACAUCUCCAGUACUGUUGGAGGUGCUACCACCUUUACCGAGAUGUCCGAGGUCGAGUGUCCUGUCUGUCUUGAGCCGCUCUCACAUCGACUUGCUGGCGAAAAGCCACACGUGGUUCCCAUCUGCGGCCACGCGCUUCACAAUGCCUGCUUCACCGCCAUUUAUGGCCCUCCCGAAGUGCUGCUGGCUGCUCAGAAUCCUGGCAGCCGAUUGUGCGGCGCCGGAUCGACUUCCCGGCACAGCGUCGGCCCUCCCGGCAUGUGCGGAGUAUGCCGGAAGCCUAUUGCGUUAGGCGAGUCCACCUCGGCCAAAUCGCAAAAGCUUGCAGGCAUCAAAGCGGCCGAACCCGGGUCGCCAUUGCUUCAGUCCUCGCUCCCACACGCCAUCCCACAAGCACACGCCGAUGAUCCUCUGGAAUCGCAGCAGGCACUCAAGGGGCGCCACACAAUGAGUUCAUCUGCCUCCUUCAGUUCCAGCUCGUCGGGCACUCAGACUCUUCCCACCAUGCGAGCAAGACCCGAGUUUCCGACUGUCUACUCCAAGUCCAACGGAAAGCAGAAUGGAAAGGUCAAUGUGGUCUCGGUGCUAUCCAUCGAGGUUCCCACGCGUCGCUCUCCGUUCGAGCUGCGAGAUCACGCGCUCGAUACCAUCUCGGACGAAUAUGCCGAAGACAACAGCGUUGACGCAGCUCGCGAAGACAACGACUCUUUCUCGGACGAUCUCAAGCGAGGCAGCCCAGCCGACCAGGUUGAUAAGCUAGACGCUCUCGGCAUGGUCGAUUCAAGUCGAAACCCUAUGCCCGACGCUCGUGUCGGCUCGGCCGAGCAAGUCGACACGCAGAACGUCUUGGCUCGUCCUGACACACCCGAGGAUCAGGCUUUCUCUUUCGCUGCCACUCCGCCUGCGCUUGCUGCCCCCGACCCAACGCACGCCGUUCUGAAGGAUCUGCAGCAGCGCGUAGCCGACUGGAAAGGUCACUCAAUCGAGCACUUUGGCCCCCUUGCUCUGCACGACUUGCUCAACAUUCGUCAAGACUCAGUCAUCCGCGAGUUUCACGUCUACCUUUUCCAGGAAGCGUUGCUCUGCGUCACCGAGGAACGACGUAAAGGCCUGGGUCGAUUCAUGACCAACGCUGCAGCGACUAUUGCCGACACCGGCGCUUCCGAGACCGAGAUGGCCAAGCCCGCCUUGAAGCUCAAGGGUAGAAUCUAUCUCCGUCACAUUCGUCGCGUACUUGACUCAUCCGUGGCCGGCGAACACACGCUCAGUAUCACCAUGGAUGACGAUAACCUCGACCAAUUUGUGCUCUGCUUCCGAGAGAUUGGCACCAUGCAAGUCUGGAAAUCACGCCUCAAAGAGCUCACCGACGAGGAUGUUGGAAAGUCUCCCACUAUGAAAGCCGCUCCAUUGCCUGCAUCGUCAACCGCUGACAGCUCCGCUGCUCACCAGAGCUCUGCUGUGCAGCUAGCAACCCAGACGUCCGAGUACCAACAGUCGACCUCAUCAGCAGCUCAGCCUGCCGGUGUUACCGCCUUGGGCCCGCAUCAUUCCACACAACAGCCCGUCAUCAGUGGCGCAGCUUCCGUCCUGAGUGGCAAAUCUGGCUCUCAUAACGGUCCUGUGGGUGUAGUCCAGUCGCACUCCAGUCGAAGGCUGUCCAACGUGUCGUCCAGUCUCCACAGCAACCAUGGCACUGGCUCCAAGGCUGCGCAUCGAGUCUCUGCUCCCAGUGACGCUGUCCCCUCGCACCAACAGUGGUCUAGCUCCGGAGGUCUGGAUCCACGAAUUCCGCCUCCCAGCAUGCUUCCUCACACGCCAAUUGACCUCGUCAUCAUGAUAUCGGUGCCUUCGGUGCUGCCAGAGCACAUGUCGGGCUCCAUCAGCUCCUCGGCGGCGCUCAAAUUGCGUCUCAUCCGUUCUACGCUUGAUUUUAUCGUUCACAGUCUGGGCCCCAACGACCGCAUCUCGAUUGUCGCCUUCUCUGUCGGUAUCGAUGGCGAGGUCAAGAGAACAGGCCUGCUCAAUCCGCACCGCGAGGCCAGCCAACAGCUUUUGCAAGAGUUUGUUCAGAACAUUGGCCGUCCCUGGGAGACGCAGGAUGCUGAUCCUUUCAGCGUUGACCUUAGCAAGUUGGGCGGCUCGAGCGAGCGCAUCGACUCAGUCACUGCUGUCAACGUUGGUCUCGACGUGGUGCUCGGCAGGAAAGCCAAAAAUCCAAUCACUAGCAUGAUGCUCAUCAACGAUACCUCGGACGGUCCCAAACGCAACCAGAUGGAUUUGGUCAUGGCGCGAGCUGAAGCAGCCAACGUCGCCAUUCACUGCUUUGGAUACGGCAAGACACACGACCCUUCUUCGCUCUGGCUGCUUUCCAACCAUACCCGAGGCUCGUAUACGUUUGUUCGCGAAUGGCACCAGUUGCGCGAAUGCGUUGCUGGCUGCCUGGGUUCGACCAUGUCGGUUGCUCUCACCGAUGUCAAGGUACAUAUUGGCGUUCCACAGGACAACUAUUUCCGCAUUCGAAAGAUUGCCGGACUGCCAGGCGCCAUUAUCUCGUCAUCUGGUAAGGACGUCGACAUUGAUAUUGGCGAGAUCAAGUUUGGAGAAGCCAAGGAUUUGCUGGUGGAGCUCGAACUCGACCUUACGAGCCUGCUGCCGACGCUGAUGGAGAGCAGGCGCGAUAGCAAGAGCAUCGGCCCAGGACCCAUCGAGCAGGGCAGUGCGACCGACGAUUUCAUGCAGAGGAUGGGCAUUCAGGAUCUCAGCUUGACCGAUUCAGAUGGAGCCGAAGGCUUCCUGGAGCAGAUGGUGGAGGAAGUGGGUGUGUUUGAGGCUGAUGUCAGCUUUAGGGAUCCUGCUACGGGCUUGACCACGUCGCGAUUGCCCAAUCCGGGCAUCCUCACGUUGGAGAUUGAUAUGCACUCGACAGAUCCUCUGACCAAUGGCCCUCCUGGAUUGACGGCAGUGGUAGCCGAGCCUACCGUGACGCGGCGACGACUCGAGGUGCUAGUGUCGGAAAUGAUGACGCGUUCUCUACUCCUCAUUUCGCGCAAGAACUACGGCCAAGCUCUGCGAGUGAUUACCGAGACACGACGUAUCAUCGAUACGGUGGUGCAGGCACUUAACGGUCCCAACCAAAACAAACGUCGUUCGCUGGUCGUUCAUCGUUCGUCGCAAAGAAAGCUGCGCGAGGCGGCGAAUCAGCGCACCAUUUGUUCGCUCAUGGCCAUGAUGAGCGAUCUAGACAUUCUCAGCGAAGGGUUGGAUCAUCAGCAUCGAUCGAGCUUUGAUCGUGAUGGACGCAACUUUGGUGCUCAACAGGCGAUGAUUUUGCGCGAUCAAAAGGCAUGGACUACACGUACGGAUACAGAACAUCUCUACUUUAGGGAUGAUAACGCGGCUGCUUUUACGGCUUGGUCGGCUUCGUUCGCUUCUAUGCGAUAA